CGGAGUCCCGGCGGCCCGUGGCGGCGGUAGCAGGCGCUGACAGCGGCGGUCAUGGAGCUGCGGCGGACGGUGCAGCUCUGCCGCUUUCACUCCCUCCUACUGCAGAGGAGGUGCCCGUGGCAGCCGCCUGCCCUGCACUGCAGACACAGGGCCAGCCCUCCGAUGCAACGCUGGGGUUGGCGCAGGGGGCUGCUGCGGAAGGUGCUACUGGCUGCGGGGCUGGGGCUGCCCCUGGCGGCCGGGACACGCUACGGCUUCGCUGACGCCCAGGAGCGGAGGAAGAUGCGGCUGCUGGUGGAAGGCGUCGGGCGCUUCGGCAGGUCCCUGCACCUGGGCAUGCAGAUCUCGCUGGAUUACUGGUGGACGGCCCACGUGGUGCUGCGGGGCGUGGAUGAGAACAGCCCAGAGUACAAGGAUGUGAUGUCAGCCUGUCACCAGCGGGCGGCCGACUGCCUGGUGCAAGGCGCCAUCUACAAUGGGGGCCUGUACAUCAAGCUGGGCCAGGGCCUGUGCGCCUUCAACCACCUCCUGCCACCCGAGUACAUCUGCACCUUGCGCGUGCUGGAGGACCAGGCCCUUAAGAGAGGCUGCGGGGAGGUGGAUGAGUUGUUCCUGGAAGAUUUCAAAGCCACGGCCGACACACUCUUCAGGGAGUUCAACUACCAGCCCAUGGCCGCGGCCAGCCUGGCCCAGGUGCACAAGGCCCGGCUCCAGGAUGGCACCCUGGUGGCUGUGAAGGUGCAGUACAUCGACCUGAGGGACAGGUUCCAUGGGGACAUCCGCACACUGGAGCUGCUGCUGCGCAUCAUCGAGUUCAUGCACCCCAGCUUUGGGUUCAGCUGGGUCCUGAAGGACCUGAAGGGGACGCUGGCCCAGGAGCUGGACUUCGAGAAUGAGGGCCGGAACGCGGAGCGCUGUGCCCAGGACCUUCGCCACUUCCCCUACGUUGUGGUCCCCAAGGUGCACUGGGACAAGUGCAGCAAGAGAGUCCUGACGGCAGAUUACUGCGAAGGCUGCAAAAUCAACAACGUGGAGAGCAUCAGGGCGCAGGGGCUGGACCUCAAAGACACCGCAGACAAGCUGAUCCAGAUGUUCGCCGAGCAGAUCUUCUACACGGGCUUCAUCCAUGCGGACCCACACCCUGGGAAUGUGCUGGUGCGGAGGGGCCCUGACGGGAAGGCCCAGCUGGUGCUGCUGGAUCACGGGCUCUACGAGUUCCUCAGUGAGAGGGACCGGACUGCACUGUGCAAGCUGUGGAGAGCCAUCAUCCUGCGGGAUGACGCGGGCAUGAGGGCCUGCUCUGCCGAGCUGGGCGUGAAGGAUUAUUUCCUCUUCUGCGAGAUCCUGAUGCAGAGGCCCAUCCACAUGGGGCAGCUGAGGCUGGCCAACAUCCUGACGCGGGAGGAGACGCUCUACAUGCAGGCCAUGGCGCAGCAGCACUUCGAUCGCAUCAUGCAGGUGCUCAAGGACCUGCCCCGGCCCAUGCUGCUCGUGUUCCGCAACAUCAACACGGUGCGCAGCAUCAACAUCGCCCUGGGCGCCCCCGUCGACCGCUACUUCGUCAUGGGCAAGAGCGCCGUGAAGGGCUGGAGCAGGAUCACUGGCCAAAGAUCCACAGGCAUCCGCAGCAGCAGCCUCUUCUGCUGGCUCCGGGUGAAGUGGGAGAGCCUCAAGUUCGAGAUUGCCCUCAGGCAGGAGACGUUCUCCAUGAGGCUGAUGGCCUCCCUCAUUCGCUUCCUCGCCUAUGUGGGCUUCCUCUCCGAGAGCGAGCAAAUCUACGAGUACCUCCACGCCUAGCUGAGCCGCUAUGGAAACGGGCAGAGCCAGGCCUGCUGUGCCUCGCAGGCCGGCUGGAUUGGAGGCCAGGGCAGCGCCUUGCCAGCAGGAGCCUGGGC